AUGGCGACCCAAACAAAGCACGACUGGGCGGACGACGAGGACCUCGAGGAGACAACCACAACGACAGCCCCGACGACGGACCUGCCGCCGCCGCAAAAAAUCCAGAACAAGGACGGAACAUGGACCAUCAUUGAGUACCGGAUCAACGACCUGGGGCAAAAGGUCAAGGCGACGCGGCGCGUGCGCUACGUGGUCCGGCGCGAGGUGGUCAAUCCGCGGGUGGCGGAACGCAAGACGUGGGCCAAGUUCGGCGACUCGGCCAACGACCCCAAGGGCCCCGCGCCCGACACAACGACGGUGGGCGAGAACAUCAUCUUCCGGCCGUCGGUCAACUGGCGCAAGGAGGCCAAGGACGAGGCCAACGACCCCAACGCCCAGGCCAUGAAGGAUAAGCUCAAGGACAAGAAGGUCAAGUGCCGUAUCUGCAACGGCGAGCAUUUCACCGCCCGCUGCCCCUACAAGGACACCAUGGCCCCCAUCGGCGAGGCCGGUCCCGCCGAUGUGGCUGCGGGCAUGGGCGACGAGCCAGCCGCUGCGGGGCCCGCGGCCGCUGGCGCGGCUGGUGCUGGCAAGAAGGGCUCGUACGUUCCGCCUGCGAUGCGUGCUGGUGCCGGUGGUGCGCAGGGCGAGCGGAUGGGUGGCAAAUAUGGCGAACGGGACGACUUGGCGACGCUUCGUGUUACAAACGUCUCCGAGAUGGCAGAGGAGCAAGAACUACGCGACAUGUUCGAGCGGUUCGGUCGCGUCACUCGCGUCUUCCUGGCUAAGGAUCGCGACACUGGUAUGGCUAAGGGCUUUGCGUUUAUCAGUUACGCAGACCGCGACGACGCCGUCAAGGCUUGCAACAAGAUGGACGGCUUUGGUUUCAGGCAUUUGAUCUUGAGGGUUGAGUUUGCCAAAAAGGCCCAGUAA